AUGGAGCCGCAAGCCGUGCUAGAGUGGUGUCAGGACCGUCAGGCAAACCCCACAUAUUGCCUAGCUCUGAUAAUAGCAGAGGCAAACUUAAAUUCAAGGCAGAUUUACCAGUUAAUGGAUGAAAUGUCACCUUUUGGCCGCUGCCUAAUAGUUGAUAGGAAAACAGAUAACAAGGAUGUAAAGACAUGCGUUUUGCUGCAAAUGGAGAAUCCUAUAAAUCCUGAUGAUGUCCCAUUCAUGAUGACAUUCGGCAGUGAGAAAUAUCAGUGUAACUUGGUUUUACCUACUUCACCAGUUUCAGUUAUCACAUCAGACGGAGAUGUUGAACAUCCAGCAGCCGGAAACAAAGAAGUUAACAACCCAUCCCUCGCAGCAAAUACAUGUGGGCCCUCUGCUGCCAUCGGGGCAGAUAUCCUUACUGCACUAGGAAACUUAGUAGAGAAGUGUGUUCGGCCUAUACAGCCUCACAGCGGGUUUGGAUACAGAAAACUACACUUUUUCUCAGGAAAACAACCCACGCCAGAAGGGGAAGAUGACUUUAAAGCCUGGAUGGAUCAAGCCACCCAAGCCCUGGAAGAAUGGGAUGUUCCAGAGUCACAGAAGAAACAGAGAAUCACCGAGAGUUUUAUGGGUCCAGCUGCGGAUGUAAUUCGGGCCCUGAAGCAGAGCAAAAGGUAUUGUUGUGCCACUGAUUACUUGCAAGCUUUGCAUGAUGUGUAUGGCCAAACUGAGAAUGUGGCUGAGCUCAUGUAUCAGUUUGAACACACCUACCAAGAGAAAGAUGAAAGGAUGUCCGAUUAUAUCCCACAGCUAGAGAAGAUACUCCACCACAUAAUAUUAAAGAAAGGAAUGGAUCCCUAUAUGGCUGACCAGCUUAGAGUAAAGCAAAUCUUGAAAGGAGCUCAACCGAAUGAUCCCAUCAUGUGGAAACUAAGGAUACCAAAGGAAGACCGUGCAGUCCCCACUUACCCCCAACUAAUCAAACAAGUACGGGAGGAAGAGGCCCUUAUGGAAGCCAAGUUACUGCCUACCAGUAAAAGCAUGACUUCAAAUAAGGUGAAACCAGGAGGGGAAGCCACCCCGAAUUGUUCAAGCGAGUACUGGAGUUAUAGCCCCAGAGCAAAGUGA